AUGAAGAAUUGGCAAGCAAGAUUCACGUCGUGCGUCCUCUUCAACCGACUUUCAGGGAACCAAAAUCUUCAUGCACUCACGAGCUGCCCACAUAACCCACAAGUCCUCAGAAUUGAACUGACGAAAAAGCAAGGAGAGAGCCCAAUUGUUAUGCAGUACCGUAAAUUUAGUGUUGGCUCCAAAAGUGAGAACUACAAGCUGACCGUCGGUGAUUACUCUGGUCCUGAUGGUUACGACGCGCUGAGCUCCCACAAUGGACACACGUUCAGCGUGAAGAAGAAUGGAGAACACAGUGGAGACCAUUGCGUCUCACAAAUAAGCGGUGGCUGGUGGUUUAAUGGUUGUAUCCACUCGAACCUUAAUGGAUGGAAGUUCAAAGAAAAUGUUCCGGAAACUUCAAAAGGCCUUGGUAUUACCUGGUACAAUCGAAACGAUGAAAAUUCCUACUUCAACGUUUACUCCGAGGUGGAGAUGAAGAUCAGAGAUGCCGACUUUGAGUUCUGCAUGGGCUCCUUGACUUACGAAGCUCACUGA